AUGGUUCAGCAUCGGAAGAAGCUCGGCAAGAACCAGCGCGUUCGGAGAAGAGAGAAGAGACGCCGCGAUGCCGAGGCCGCAGCAGAAGCUGGCGCGAAGCUCUCUGCGAUGCAUACCUACUUUCCCUCGUCCGUGCCCGAGGCAGCAAAGGCAUUUGGCGUCAGCAAGAACGAGCAGAGUGAGGGACUGAACGUCGCCUUGGAGAACCAGAAGAGAGCCAAGAAGCUCAAGCAGAAGAUCACCAGGGGCCAAUUCGACGACCAUCACCGACGCCUGAAGCUUCUGGAGCUCCAUGUCGAAGCUGCCGCCAACGUUUUCAACAAGAUGAAUACCGACCACAUCGCCAAAGAUCUCAGAAACCUCAUCAGAAAAUUUUCAGCUGCCUGCGCCGACGGAAGAGCGAUUCGAAGCACGGCAAAUGAUGCGCUGGCUGGUGUGAACCGUCUUGAGACUACCGAUCUCGCGGCGAACGACGCCACGGCUGGCGUGAAGACUCUCGAGGCUAGCAUGGAGAACCUCGAAGCCGGCCUGGAGGAUCUCGCGGCGGCGAUGGCGCCGACGAGGGAGAAGUUCGAUGCCGCGGUCAAGACCAUGGAGGAGCGGAUUUCUGCGAUCGAGAGCCAAGUCGAGCAGCUGGUGAAGGGCGCCUCGAGGAGCGCAGCUCAACAGCCCACCGACCUGCCCAAAGGUGGUCGAGCUCAGGAAGUGUGGAAGGGACGACUUCGCUCUGGCAAGAAGGGAUGA